UCUACUAGGGCGGGCCUUUUCUGUGUCGCUGCUACAGGGAUACCAAGAUGGAAAUUCAGGGGCUAUCUGAUGCCCAAAACAUUCACUCUCAACAUGGCGCCCCACAUAGAACCACUUCGUCUCCACUUCGAUCGGCGACAGGAUCGAGACCUCGUUUUAACUGCACCGAAAAUGGAGCGGGCGGACAACUGGAGCUGCUUGAACCACAAAGAGACAACAACAACAACAGGCCAAGGACAUCACCGUUUCGCCUACUGGCGGAAAAUGGCAGCGGAACGACUAGCCUGCCUGUUAGCAAAUCGCAACCAACCAAUAAAACUAAUUUAUCGAGUGAUAGACUUAAUAACGUGAACACGGAAAAGAAAAAUGAGCUGAACGCACUACUUUGUUCUCAGGAGUCUGUUAGAGCUGCCUGGAAAUAUGGUAUAGAAAGUGUAGAUACUGUAAUGCAAAUGGAGCUGCCUCUGUUUGAAGGGGAAGAGGAACCGAUGCCGCAGAGGCAACUAACGUUACCAUUUCCAGUUUUACGGCAGCAGCGUGAGGACGGCGCCUUCAAGCAGCCUUCACUGGCCUGCCGAAGCGCUCCUCCGCCGGAGAACAUCAGCACCGCAGACAGAACCACCCAGGAAUUGUAUGUUGUUUUCAAUGUCGUUCAAGAGGAUGGCAGCGGUGAGGAAGGCAAGCACCGACUGGAUGUGUCAUCUGAGGACGGCGAUAAAAUAAAAGGUAAAAGGCAAGAGUGCUGUAAGGCGAGUCCCUGCGGCUCCAUGGAGGUUGGAAACAGCAGUAACGCACUUCUCUGUGAAUCUAAUGACAACGUUAACUGUCUUGAUACCCAGGCCUUGAAAAAACCCGAACAUGUUUUCAAUUUACUUAAAGGUAACUCAGUCGCGGUAAAUGCGAAACAGAGUGUUUGUCACCAAACUGUCGAAGACGUAGUUUUGACAAACAAAUAUGGCGAUAAGAUUUGUGGCCAGAUUUGUACCGAAAACGAAGAAGGUAAACUGGUCAGGGAGCUUUCGCCGCAGUCCCAUAAUGACGAGAGCAGUGCCUUGAUUUCAGGGAACUCGGGCAUCGUGGAAGCCAUGGAUACCUCGGACUUUAUUUCAGACUCGACGGGGCUGCAGGACAGUGCAAACCCGGUCACGGCCUCCACAAGUCCGCACCCCAGUGAAACCUUUUCCGGAACUAUCACGAUAAACAACCAAAGCAUCAUAGUGACCAUAGAAAACGGGAUACUGACUCUUGCUGCCCCACCAGAGGGGCAUGUACACAAAGAGGAUGAUAUGGUCAGCUUGAAGGAGCAUCUUGGCAUGAAAGACCAUGAGGAUAUUGUUCUUCUCAACUAUGACAGUGGCACUAAAUCCAUCGGGAAGAUCAGCACGUUAGCAGUAUCCAGCGUCAGCCAGCAGAAAGAACCCAGACCUGGUUUGUCCGUGAGUGACUCAGAGCUGGCUCUGGUGGAUGACUGUUCAUUAUCAGAGCUGGGCACUUCUCUGGACUCCUGUUCCAUUGUCAAGCAGGAGGCAGGGGCGCUAUGUGCUGUAAAAGAGGCUGAUUUGGUCAUCCCAUCCCCCAAAGCCACAGUGGCAGACUGUGAAAAUGAGGACUUCCAGUCUGUACCGCCAAUCAGGUCUAAAAAAGAGACUGUGACGUCCUUUGACUGCCCAGAACCUGGCUGCUCCAACACAUUUGACACACGUCAGAAACUCAAGGUUCACCUCCUGAACCACGCAGAGGAUCCACGCCCCUACCAGUGCACCAUGGAGGGCUGUGGCUGGGCUUUUGCCACCUCUUACAAACUAAAGCGGCAUCUUCAAUCACAUGACAAGCAACGACCGCACACCUGCCAAUUUGAAGGCUGUGGGCGGCGUUUCACCACAGUGUACAACCUUAAAGCCCAUGUCAAAGUCCAUGAGCAUGAUAAUUCCUUCAUCUGUGAGAUCUGCAGCGAGAGGUUCCGCAGUGCUGCUCGACUCGCCAAUCACCAGAGGGUCCACUUUGAGCCACAGAGGCCCCACAAAUGUGAAUUCCCAGGCUGCGAGAAAACCUUCAUCACCUUCAGUGCCCUGUUCUCCCAUAAUCGCACUCAUUUCAGAGAAACAGGCCACUUCACCUGCACCUUCCCAGGCUGCGAUAAGACCUACGACAAGGCCUGUCGCCUCAAGAUCCACAUGAGAAGUCACACUGGUGAGAGGCCAUUUGUCUGUGACUCAGAGGGCUGUGGCUGGUCUUUCACUAGCAUGUCAAAGUUGCUCCGACACAAACGGAAACAUGAUGAUGACCGGCGCUUUGUCUGUACAGAGGAGGGCUGUGGAAAGUCUUUCACCCGGGCAGAGCACCUUAAGGGUCACAGUAUCACCCAUCUGGGCACCAAGCCCUUCCAGUGCCAUGCAGAAGGCUGUAAUGCCAAGUUCUCAGCACGCAGCAGCCUGUACAUCCACUCCAAGAAGCAUAAGCAGGACACCAGCACCCUGAGGACACGCUGUCCUGUGGCAAACUGCUCCAAACACUUCUCCUCUCGCAGCAGUCUGAAGAGCCACAUGCUUAAACACCACCACCUUAGUCCCGAUGUUUUGAACCAAAUGGAGACCACGCCCACCUUGACCCCCAGCAGUGAGCUCAUCAGCUCCAACUCAACAACGGUUACUGGGCCUGGUAUUGCCGGGGGCGACCAGCUUACCAACUUGGACCUCAGCUCUCUUUUCUCUGCUGUGCCUGGAGGUGCGCCUCCAGGCACAGGUAUGGGAGUGGGAAUCCCUGUCGGCGGUAGCAGCUCUAAUGGCACUUUCACCAUGGACCUCUCCCUGGUCAGCUCAGGCAUCCUCACCAUCGACCCCGCUUCUGUUGGGACCACGCUUGGUACCAGCACAAGCACCACACUGGCCAAGACUGUGGACCCUCUUAUCCUAGCAGCCAGUGCUGACAUUGGCCCCCACCAUGGUCUGGAGGGUACAGCGGGUGACGUCCUGCCCCCACAGGGCACCCUAAACCUGGAUGAUGUGCAGACUGUUACCCCAGAGGCCCUGGGAACCCUCACAGCUCUCACCAUGCAGGGUGCUGGUUCCUCUGUAGACCCCACUCUACAGCACCCACUCAGCUCCUCCAGCGCCCUGAGCGUGGAGGCCACAGCCACCCUGGCAGUGGCUCCUGUGGCCGAGCUGCUGGCUUCACCCUCUACAGUGGUGGAGGUUGGUGGGCAGGGGGGAGUGGGGCCUCUGCUGGGCUGUGUGGAGGUGCUGGGGCCUCCAGAAGGAGGAAAAGUCCUCACCCAGUUUGUUUUCCCCACUCACAGCAACAGCUUCAGCCCUCAGAAAGACUCAGAACUCAACGCUGUGUCACCAAGCAGCUUCCUAGAGAGUGGAGGCUCAGCCAGGACUGAUUACAGAGCCAUCCAGCUGGCCAAGAAGAAGAAGAAGCAGAGAGGCCCAUCAGCCUCCUCUGGGAGUUCCAGCCAGAGAAAAAUGAAAGGAGCAAAGGCAGCCAUUGCUCCAGCACCGCUGGCUCCAUCUGCUGCUCGUUAUGGUGAAGGAGCUCCAUCAGGCAACGGGGGCCUGACUCUGCGUGAUCCUGUCACCGGGGCCCAGUAUGUCCAGAUUCAGCUGCUGCAGGACGACCCAGCCAGUGAUGGCGAUCUUGCCUUCCAGCUGAGCUCUCAGCCCUCCAGCUCGCACUCUCAGCUCACUGUUGACCUGCCUGUCAACAUUUUGCAGGAACCUUCAGUGAUGGCCGAAGACGACAACACAUCUGACAACUCCCAGUUCACAGGAAGCACAAUCAACCUCCAGGACUUGGAGUGACCACCGCAGAGCUGGAGGUCGCAGGUCUGCUGCAAUGAUCGAUUUCUCUGGCACCUCGUCACUGUCCACAGUUUACAUCAACAAACACACCGUGAGAUAUUAUGCUCCAUCAAACUGUUGACCUGUUUUUUCCCAGGACUUUGAAAGCCUUUGUGGACAUGUGGUCAAUAUGAUUUAGGGAGGGGUGGACAUGGUUUCACAGAUAAUGCACCUUGAGAAGAGGAUAUGAGGAUAGUUUCUUCAGAAGAUUAUUGUGUUGAUUUCUUCAGUCCAGUUUGUACCAAAAUCAAACCUGACAGCACUCAGAGGCUGUCCUGUGGGUGUUAACAGUAACGGUGUCUAUUCCAUGGUGCCACAUUGCCACUCAUGCACAUUCUGUGUGCUAUCUAUGCUCCAGUUGCCUUACAGACACCUCACACUGUGCACACCUCCACUGGCAGGUUAUCUUCUUUAUUUGUUGCUAUUUUGAUUUCUUAAGUUUUGUUAGCUUUAUUUUUCUAUGGCAGUACCAAGUUCAUGUUGAAAACAUGGCUAUUCAUGUGUUUAUAUACGUAUGUAAUGAGUUACUACCUUCUUGUGAUAAUUUAAUGUUUGUUAUUUAUUAUUUAGUUGUGGGUUUACAGAAUGGCAGAGCCAAACACAGAUGAAUUAAAGAAUUAAAGCACAAUCUGAACAGUUUUUGGAGAAGCCUUCAUUUGACUUUGCAGAAAAAAAAAGGAAAAUUGCUUGUACCAGAUUUAGCCACCAGCUGAUUUCCAUCUGCAGUACAGUAAAAGAUCCCCACUACAAAUAGGCCAACAUCCUAUUCAUAAGCACACACACAAACACACAAUAACACACUUCAUUUGAACGAACUCGAACAUUAUAUAGAUAUUAAUAGUACAUACAUGUAUCCCCCAUUAUAAAAAAAAAAGGUCACCAGAAUGUCAAGUUAAUGCUGAGAAGAUGGUUACUUAAAAACCAUUUUGCCAGCAGUAAUGCAGCCGUUGUACCAGACCGUUGUGGUGAAGAGGGAACUGAGCCGGAAGGCAAAGCUCUCAAUUUACCAGUCGAUCUUUGUUCCAACCCUCACCUGUGGUCAUGAGCUGAGUAGUGACUGAAAGAAUAAGAUCGCAGGCACAAGCGGCUGAAAUGGGUUUCCUCCUCAGGGUGUCUGGGCUCAGUCUUAGAGACUGAGUGAGGAGCUCCGACAUCUGGAGGGAGCUCGGAGUAGAGUCGCUGCUCCUUCGCGUCGAAAAGAACCAGCUGUGGUGGUUCAGGCAUCUGAUCAGGAUGCCCCCUGGGCGCCUUCCUUUGGAGGGUUUCCAUGCACAUCCAACUGGGAGGAGUCCCGGGGUAGACCCAGAACUCGCUGGAUUACAUAUCCCAUCUGACCUGGGAGCGCCUCGGGUUACCCCAGGAGGAGCUGGAAAGCGUUGCUGGAGAGAGGGACGGCUGGAAUGCCCCACUUAGCCUGCUGCUACCACGACCCGACCCUCGAUAAGCAGAAGAAAAUGGAUGGAAAAGGUGGAUUGUGCAAAGGUGAAGCCUCGUUUAGACAUGCUACAAUCUGCCAUUGAAGCUCUGCUCAGUUGCUCAGAGCAGAGUUGAACAAAGGUGAUUGACGUUGGAGGAGCAUCAUUAUCAAACACCCUAAACACACAUCUGAAUACAGAAUGAAGUUGUCAAAGCUUAACAUUUUUAUAUUUAACAAGUAAAUAACAAUGGUGGUAUUGCAGUGAUUUCCUCUCCAGGACGUUAAGUUUGUGAGGUGUCCUAACAGUUUUUAAGACAGUCUUGUUUACCUGUGACCAACAUGAUAUGCAAUAAUGAAAAGAUAUAUGUAGUAAAUACAUGUAAAUAUGUAUGUAGUCAAUAUAUAGUGUUCCCAUCUUGAGCAGAUACAGUCAGAAAAUAUUCACAUCCCGUCACUUUUUGCUCCUUGUGUUGUAGAUUUAAUUAUAAAUGAGUACA